UGAAAAACAAAACAAAUUCAUUUCCUAACCUAUAAGAACUAAAGCAUUCUGUGUCAAAGUCAAAAAGAAAUUAUUGUGUGAUUGCUUAUCAGUCGCGUAUGUUUAAAGGAUAUUUACGAAAAUGAGCGUCUCUGUAGGCUCCACUGCAACAAUCGAAAAUGUCGCCGCAGACAGUGAAGAAGUCGGACCUCAACCACUUUCCAAAUUAGAAGGAAACGGCAUUACCGCCGCCGAUAUAAAGAAGUUGAAGGAGUCCGGUUAUUGCACCGUUGAGUCUGUGGCAUACGCACCGAAGAAGUUUUUGUUAACGAUUAAAGGUAUUUCGGAGGCGAAAGCCGAUAAAAUACUCGACGAAGCGACGAAACUCGUACCCAUGGGAUUUUCGACCGCCUCCGAUUUUCAUGUCAAGCGAUCCGAGGUGAUAUUCGUGACGACCGGUUCUAAGGAGCUCGACCGUCUGCUCGGGGGCGGCAUUGAAACGGGGUCGAUUACUGAAAUUUUUGGGGAGUUUAGAACGGGAAAAACGCAAUUAUGUCACACUUUGGCUGUAACAUGUCAAUUAGGGCUGGAUAGCAAUGGAGGAGAAGGGAAGUGCUUAUACAUAGAUACUGAAGGCACCUUUAGACCUGAACGAAUCCUCUCCAUAGCAGACAGAUACAAGUUGUCCGGUCAACGCGUUUUAGAUAACAUCGCCUAUGCCCGUGCUUACAACACAGACCAUCAAAUGAAAUUACUAGUGCAAGCAUCGGCAAUUAUGGUCGACUCUAGAUACUCAUUACUCAUAGUAGACAGUGCAACUUCAUUAUAUCGUACAGAUUAUUCCGGAAGAGGGGAAUUAUCAGCUCGCCAGAUCCAUCUUGCCCGUUUUUUGAGGAUGUUACUAAGGCUCGCUGAUGAGUUUGGAGUUGCAGUGUUGAUUACUAAUCAAGUUGUCGCGCAAGUAGAUGGGGCAGCUAUGUUUAAUGCGGAUCCUAAAAAACCCAUUGGCGGAAAUAUUAUUGCUCACGCUUCUACCACUCGGCUAUACUUACGUAAAGGGAGAGGGGAAACACGAGUUUGCAAAAUUUAUGAUUCACCUUGUCUUCCUGAGUCUGAAGCUAUGUUUGCUAUAAAUGCCGAUGGUAUUGGAGAUGCCAAGGAAUAAUUAUGUUUUUUCUUAUUCAUUUCAAUUAUUUGUGAAUUUUAGGUUUUAAGUUGACAGAGAUUAAGUAUAAUUAUUCAUUAUAGAUUUUGACUACAAUGUUGUAAUAAUAAUUUAGUGUUUGAAUUUUGUUAAAUAAAUGAUUAAUUUUUCCA